AUGACCCGCGUCAACCCCGGCGCAUCACCGCCGCCAUGGUCUACAUCGACGCUGCGCGCCAUCGCAAGAGCCUUACCAUCCAGCCCGACACGACCGUCGACCGUGUGCUGUUCCACAGGUGUAAUCCUCGCCGACGGCACCGUCAUCCACACGCCCCGCGUCGUCGUUUGUGAAGGCGCCAUCAUGACGCCGUGCAUUCUUCAACGCUCAGGUGUUGGGCCUAGAAAGCUGCUCGACUCGCUCGUCAUCCCAAUCGUCGCAGACCCACCUGUUGGCGACAACUUGGGAGACCAUGUCAGCUUUCCACUCCUCGCCCAGCCUAAAUCACACGCCUAUCGCGAUGGCGAUGACUUCUCGCCGCAGACUAUUGCGCGGUUUUCUUACAAGGCGCGACCUGGCAUUGUCGACCUGCAGUACACGUGCUUCUCGUACCUCAAUGCUGGCAACCCCGACCCGCGUGUUGAGCAGCCUCGUCGUUCGCUGGCAGGUGGAGCAAUGGAGGGCGUUACCCAUGUGGCAGGCAUCGGAGCUGUGCUCAACAAGCCUCUCUCCACUGGAAAUGUGUCCAUCGGGUGCAAAGACCCCAGGGCUCUACCGAUAGUGAACCCCGACUACCUCGCCGACCAGAUUGAUGUUCUCGCUGCGCGCGAAAUGGUGAAGGCGGGGUUCAAACUCCUCGUUUCCGGCGAGAUGCAGGCGGUACUUGGCCCGCCUCUUAACAUGGACCAAGAGACCCUGGGCAGUGAAGAGAGGCUCGAUGCUGCUUUCUACAAAAACAUGACCUCUGCGUAUCACUUCGCCAGCACCUCGAUGACGGCUCACAGGAUCGCGAUCAGUUUGAGGGACAAUGUUGAUGUGGGGAGUCCUAGCUCGAAGAUGAAGUUAUAA